AUGGCUUCAAAAAAGUGCCACUGUACUACAAAAGUGUGUUUUGACCAGUUGAGUGACAGUGACACGGAGGUGCUCGCAGAACUGAGCGAUAGUGAGUCGUGGGGUGAUUUGUGGUCUGACACUAAUCUGGAAAGUGACAACGGCGAUGAUCCUCGACCUGACCUCAGCCAUGUGCGCACUUGGUGCCCUAUUGACUGCAAUACGGACCAGGUAGCGCCCCCAAGAUUCCCACUCACUGGAUCACCUGGGAUGAAGGCAGAUGUUGAGAGUGACAACCCUCAGGCAUACCUGCAAUUAUUCCUCACUGAGGAGGUAAUUGAAAAAAUUGUCAUGGAGACAAAUCGCUACCAACAGCAGCUAUCCGCUACGCAGCAUGCCAUGUUUUCCAGAAGCAGAAAGUGGGAACCGGUAACCAAAGAGGACAUGUGGCAGUUUCUGGGACUCAUCAUUCUUCAGGGGGUAAAUGGGAAACCUCUCCAGAAAUGGUACUGGACCACCAAUAUGUUACUGGCCACUCCAUUGUUUGGCACUGUGAUGUCAGAAUACUGGUUUUCCCUCAUCAUAAAAUAUUUCCACUUUACGAACAACGAAGAAUUUGAUGAGCGGACCUACGUGACAGAAAGGGAUGUCAGCGUCGACAAAAGUUUGAUGGCCUGCAAGGGACGCCUAAGCUGGAUACAGUACAUUGCAUCCAAAAGAGAGUGGUUUGGCAUCAAAUCCUACAUGCUCUGUGAGUCAUCCACUUUGGUCAUUUACACCGGUAACCGCACGAAGUUCAACCCCAGGUACAGCGUCUAUGGGAUGGCCACAUCAUCUGUCCUUACACUGCUGGAGCCAUUGCUGAACCAGGGAUAUUGUGUGACCACGGACAAUUUCUACACGUCUCCGGAACUGUAUGAGGUUUUGCUACAAAACAAGACUAAUGCAUAUGGUACCGUUAGGCCUAACCGAUGUGAUAUGCCAUUUAUGUUUGCCAAGAAUAAACUCAAAAUCGGAGAAAUGGUUGCCUGGCAGAAGGGUAAGAUGAUGGCAAUGCGAUGGCAAGACAAGAAGGACGUGUGUCUCAUGAGUACUGUGCACAAUACCUCUACUGCCAUGGUCCACACAAAAGGUGGGAAAGAUGUGCUGAAGCCGCAAGUCGUGAUAGACUAUAAUUACACCGUGGGAGGCAAUCAGGCAAUUACAUUUUAUCCGGCUAUGCACAAAGAGCAAAAACAAAUAUUAUAA